CAAGAGCGUUGAAUUCACGGCAAAACUUGAGCGCGUGAAACAGUUUGUUGAGAGGCAGAGAGCAUAGCCACCUCCACCUCCUCCUCCUCCUCCUCGCUUUGUCGUUCGCACCCAACCGACGAAGCCCACUCAGAAAAGGGAAUCGCAGCAAAACAGAAAACCCGAAAUCUCGGAACCGCCAUGAGCGACCUUCCAAGGUUGCAGAACCUGCGUUCCACUGGAAAACUUCUCAGAGAAACAACUUCUACUUUCUCCUCCAACCUUCUCACAUUCCUCUUCCUCUCUCUCCUCAUCCUCUCCUUUCGAACCGUCGUUGAAAACGGAACCGCCCAUGUCACAUCCUUCAUCGACCGCGAUCCUUCCCUUAAGGCCCUCCUCUUACGCCUCGACCUCGCCGGAAACGCCAACCAUCACCGUCUCCGGUCCAAUCAGGAUCCUUCCCCCGCCGCCCUUCGCCGCCUCCACCGUCGCCGUCCUUUUCUCCACCUCACCCGCGUCGGAACCCUAGAUGACGACUUUUUCUCCGGAGAUGAUGACGAUGGCCGCACCUUGUUCGGCUCCAAUUCCAAAGCCCCCGUUAACGGAAGCUUCGUUGCGUUCGGGCCGUUCGGUCUUGACUCAGGCUUCUCGGAUCUCGUCGCCGAUAACGGAGUUAGGGUUUCGGAGGUGGUUCGCUCCGGGGUCAAUUUCAAGGCUGAAGGGUUAUCGUUCGACGACGAAGAUAAAGACGAGGAGAACGACGAGGAGAACGGGAAAAACGAGAAGACCGAUUUGGGAAACGGACAAGAGAUGGAGAAAGGCGUUGAUUUGCAAUUCUUCGUGAAGGGAUUGGAGGUCGGUCGUCGUGAUGCGGCGGCGUUGUUCUUUCUGGUGAGUUUCUUGUCCGCGGCUUAUGGAUGGGUGAUCCUGGUUUUUCUGGUUACGUAUUCGUGGGUGCUAGGUGUUGUUUUCGUUGCUGUUGUUAAUGAUCUUGUAGGAAGGUUUAGUUCGGUUACUGGUGUGGUUUGGGAUGGUUCCAGAUUAGGUCUUAAGAGGCUUUCAGGGUUUAUUCUUAUGAGAUGGGCUGUGAGGGAUGCAUUGACUCAGCUUCUGGGACUGUGGUAUUUUGGUGAAAUUGAGGAUCAGUACUCGUUCUUCAAGCUCUUUGUUAGGUUGAAAUUGAUGCCUUUCUCGGUUACGUCGCCCUGGGUUCGAGGGUUUGAGAAGGAGAUUUCUGGGUUCUUGUUCACUUGGUUUCUGGUGGAUACCUUUGUGGCUUUUAUAUUUUCUGUUGAUGCCUGGGUUGCCAUUGUGGACUCCAGGAGGAGUGGCAGGGAGAUUGUGAAGGAAGUUUGUGGGAGAUCUUUGGCCAAGAUGUUUCAGUCCACGAUGGAGGUUUACUUCAUGGUUGCUUGGCUUAUAUUUUACUUUGCUGCCAGGUGUAGGGAUGCCAAUCUACAGGGUAGGAGGUUUGGGCAGAGAGAAUUGCAGGGCUUGGUUGAAGGUCAUAGAUGAUACUUGGUGGUGAUUAGGUGACAGUUUGUUGUGAUUACGCACAAGUAGCAGCAGUGUUUCACAAGUCUAUGUCCAUCACCGCCAUUAUAUAGUUUUGUCACCAACAAUGUGUUGAAUGUACUUCACCAGAAGGCCAAUAUACUUCUUGUGUAUAUUCCGAAUGAGGAUACUUCAUCUGUACAUUACUCAUGGAAUCAUUGAAUUAGUUCACGCAAUUUGUGUUGGUGAUGAUAGUCACAAAUUACAAGGUUUGAGAAAUGAAGAAUGGUAAUAUUUUUUUCCAAUGCAACAUGGAGCUAUGUUGUGAUGACCAAAUUAAUCCACAUGGCCUUUCUGUUUAUUUGAUGUUAUAUUCGAUUCUAUAUGGACAAUAUAUGGCAUGAAUUGGACAUCAUCUACAAGAACGAAGAAAAACACAUUAAUCUGCAAAAACAGUGAAAAUUAUUCUAGAGAAUUAUGCAUCAUUUCCCCCCUUUAGAAAGUCUCCAUGAAGGUCGAUCAGGCUAAAUUUAUGUUUGUUUUGCAUGAUUACUGGCAUCUUUUUCCCAACA